GUUCCCAAAGCAAGAAUCUCGACUCAAGACGAAGACGAUACAACUCAAUCAUCUUGGAAGUCCCAGAGAGAACAUCAAUAUUUUCUUUUCCACUGGCAAAGAAAACAUUGACAUUUGUAUGGUGUACUAUAUCGUCGUGCUCACAAACACGACGGACCUCUCCACAAACACGACGGACCUCCUCACAGGCACGACGGAGCUCGCCACACGCACGACGCACUGCUCACAAACACGAUGGAGCGAUCCACACGCACGACGAUAACAGAUAAGUGUAGCGGGGGGGGGGGGGGGGGGUGAUAAUUGGGAUGAAAAUCAAAAUUUUGAAAUAUGAUUGCGCCCACUUCAGAGGUGAUGCAUUGGGUCAUUUUGGGGAUAUUUUGUAUAUGAAGUGGGCAUCUAGCAUGAAAAAAAUCCCCACCCCACCCAAAAAACUAAAUCUGCACUGCACGCACAGUGGACAGUGAGUAUUAUUGCGAAAUGAACGCCUUUUUGCCCAUUUUAAUCGCUUUGACAUAGUUUAUAUUGAACACACCACUGAAGUCGGUAAGACUUUCAAAGAUGAGCACAUAACUGACAAUUUAAUAUAUUAAGUAAGAAUAUUAUUAAUGCACUUAUAGAUCACUAAAUACAUGUAUCACAGACAGUCGGGGCAUAGAUAUACAUAAUUAUAAAUGAUUGUAUAAAACUGAUAUCAACCUACAUGUAGGGGUCUUUCCACAUACAAACGGUAACAAAAAUGUGACAUUUAGAGGGAACCAUAGACAGAAGUCGAUACAUGAAGUACUCUGUCAUGUUUUUUUCUCUUUCUACAUCCCAUGUCCUAGUAAGAACAUUGUCCACCAACAAGUUUGAUAUUUUUUUUAGGAUUCCAGAAAUUACAGAGGAUUAUCUUCAAGAUUUAACGUUCAUAACAUGGACAGACAUUUCAUUUUUAAGUGUUGGGAAGCAGUAAAUGAAAUGCAUGAAUUAUCCUAAAUUUGUUCCUAAAGUAAAGCUAUCCGUUGAGGGAUUGCCACUGGCCAAUCUUACAUUAAACCUCUACCAGUAGGUAUUUUUAAACUACAGGGAUGUACAUCUUCAAGACCUCAUACAUUUUCAUAACAGGGACAGAAAUUUAUCACAAAUUUGUGUCCUUGUUAUGAACAUGUAUCAAGUCGCAUUUCAAUUUCAUCAAUAAAAUAGGUUGCUUUAGUGUUGAAUGAUACCAAUUCUACAUUGAAUAAGUAAUUAUAAAUGGAACAAGAGCUGGAUUAAUCAUAAGAAUGAAAGUAGUAUGAUUCAAGAAUGUCCAUCCAUGUCCGUCUUUUCAUCUUAAAGAUGGCAUAGUAAUUUCAUGCAUAUCCAUUGAAUCAGCUGUUGUGCCUGAAUGUUUCCAAUUUGAAAUAAUAAGUCUUUAAUCAUCAUUACUACAACGUGACUAUUCAGGGUAUGAACAGCAGAAUACUCAAAUAGCCAGAAAAAAAACAUUUUGGGGUUAAUUUUGAAUUUGAAGGGGUGGGGGUUAUUUAAGAGAUACAGCAUUAGGUUUGGUGUCAAAAGUCUUGUAUUGAUGGUGUUAACUAUUUCCCAGAUGGGCGUCUCCACAUUUUGACAGUGGACUUUACCAACCCCCCCCCCCCCCUCUAAUGAGUGUCCUUUAUAGAACACCAUACAUUUGACAAUCAUGGAGUCCAAGUUACGCAGUCUGUUCCACGACCCGGAGUACUACACCAAGUCCUUCCACUGCUACGCUGCUCUGUCGGCGAAGUUCAGCGUGCUUGCCAACUGGGGAGAGACUGUGUUUGGUGAAGCUGUCGUUGACAAAAUCAAGGUCACGCUGGGCGAGAAUGAAGAGCUACGGGUCCUGGGAAUAGGAAGCGGGUCAGGUGAGAUGGACAUGCAGAUGCUGACCAAACUCCUGCGACGCUUUCCACUCAUCAACAACCGUGUAGUUGAGCCUGCCUUGGACCAGCUUGUCAAGUACAAGGCCUUAGCGCAAUCCGAGGCACACGACCUACACGGAGUAUUAACUUGCGACUGGCGUCAGCAGACGAUCGAUCAAUACGAAAAGGCGGGAGAUUCGAGGCAGUUCCAUUUCAUCAGCUCGAUUCACUCCAUCUAUUACGUGGACGAUGUUGACCGUUCCCUGAUGUAUCUUUACGACCGGUUGGACCCUGGAGGAAUCUUGCUAGUGGUAACAGUCUCAGACGACAGUGGGUUCUGGCGUUUAUGGAAUCACUUCCCAAGUUUUCAAGACAGUCUGAUGACCUUCACAAACUCGUCCCACAUACGCGGCUCCUUGGAGCGCCGAGGCAUCCCGUGCACGCAGUACCACCAACGCUCCCGUGUCGAGAUCACCCAGUGUUUCGACGAGGCGUCGGAGGAGGGCGCCCUGGUGGUGGAUUUCCUGACCCACGUGGUCAAGUUGAAGGAGACGGCGCCUGCGCAGUUGUACAAGGAGGUCAUUGAAUAUCUCGGGAGUGACCAUUGCUCCGAGAAGAGCGCAGACGAUGUUCUCUUCAACAACGACUGGGAUGCAGUUGUCGUGUGCAAGCCAGUGGACUAGGGUCCGAGGUUUGGGUCUGUUUUCUUGGGGGUUUGAUUAGCAUUGUAGGCCCACUUUUUUAUGGAUUGCCAGGGGCGUCACCAGACCAAUUUGAAUAAAGUGGGGGCAUUCCAACUGCGCACGUGCACAUCAAGAUUCGACGAUUUAAUUUUGGGAUGAACAAUUCGCCGUAUUCGUGCAAAAUCAUAGUGGGUACCUGCAAAAUUAAAUGUGGGCCCCAUCUAAUGCAGGCCUUAGGCCUGAGGGCUACAGUGUUUAAGUACACUUUUGUUUACGCUGGCCGGUUUGAAAUUUUAUAUUGUUCUUGUUUUCCGUCCCUCUAUCUCCUCUCCCCUGUCAAACUGUCCACCCUCCCUUCCCUCCCCCCCCCUCCAACCCAUUCCUACUCGCAUCAGUCUUCAGUCUUGUCUGGUCAUACUUUUCAAUUUCCAUUUUUUGUUUACUUUCUGAUAUAUAUUUGCUUUGUCAUUGUACUUUUGUUCAUUUGUUGGCCGAAUAAAUAAUAAUAAUAAUAAUAAUCUGGGAAUGCUAUACCUACAUGUUAUCUUGUAAUUGUAUGAGGAAUACACUGAUAUAUAGAUAGUCGUCAGCAUAGUAAUUGUUUUAUUGGAUAGUUUGAUUGUAUGCUCGUUCGUUUCAAGCUAGAGGACCGUUCCUCCUUCCUUCCCCUUAAUUGGGUCUGUCCAUUACACAUGCCUAACCAGAACACAAUCUGAAAUAUAACGCCGGUGCCUCUAAAAUUUGGUGGUGAUUUUCUGUUUAGUUCAAGUUAGAGUGUGAUCAUAGACUAGUACAGUUUGAACUAGGCUAAACUGCAAUUAAAAAAAAGCUACCUAUGCAGUGAUGCUGACAGCUGCACAUCUUUAAAUGUCAAUAAAUGUUUACAGUAUAAUUAUACGCCUUAGCGAAUUUUAAUUUCCGGUUCUGAAUAAUAAUUAAAAGUUCGUAUUAAACACCUGUCA